AUGUCUCUGGGAACCAAGGUAAACCCUUUGUGGUUUGAUCAAAGCUUUUUCAAUUCGGAGUGGGAAAGAUUUGAACUGGGAGAUACUGCGCAAGCUGCAUAUCUUCGGCACAAAGGAAGCGAUGGAUCUGUGAAACUUCUAGAUGAAAAUUUGUUAUCUAGGAGGUGCCACUCUGGAUUCGAAAGAUUUACUGGGGUAACCUGGUAUAAAGGAGAGAAGAGUAUUAAUCAGAUCCAGGAAGUAAGGUUUAUCCUUUUUGUAAUUGUCUGUUUAGGAUUUCGACAACGCUAAUUACCUUGGAAUCGGAGUCGUCUGUGUAGAUGUCCGCUCUCGACCAACUAAAUCGUUUUUGAAAUUACUCAGGAAAUAUUUGUAUUUGAAAACUUUUAUUCCUUAUAUUAUCAUUCUUUUGCCAUCCAGUGAUUGUGUCUGGGAUACCUGGAAAGAUAUCAGAGAAGGUCUUUGCAAUGCUUGCUAUGAUAAGUUGGGUGUUGGAAUUCAUUUUGUGGAUAAGGUUAGCAAAGAAUUUAACGAUGCGGCUGCCUUACAGAGAUGGAAAGGAGAACCGGUAAGUGACGAGAAUAAUAUUCUUAAUGAAUAUUCCUACAGGUUAAAUUGAUUGCGGCAGGCCAAUCCCUGUUAGAGAAAGAGAAAAAUCAGUGAGUUUAAAUUUUCAGGCCGUAUGGGUUUCUUUAGGUACUUAAUGGCGUUCUUGAGGGAAUAUAUAACGCCAGAAUGUGAAUAUUUCAUGUGUAAUCUACCAAAGUCAUCAAAGGAAUGCUGUGCCGAUAUUGAAAACCAGAUGAAAAACUUUGAGAUGAUGAAAGAUGUCCUGAAGAAUAAUUGUCGCAAAAUGCCCAUGAUCAACAAUACUUUUAUUGAAGAUGUUCCCCAACGCCCAUUGAGACCAACCGAAGAUAAUCUCACAUCAUCCAUAUACAAAACAUUCGAAGACAACAGAUCCAAAUAUCAGAUUUAUGAGGAGGCCAUUACUGAAGUAAUCUUGGAUUGGCAAAAAGGUUGUAAAUUCGAAAAGAAGAAGAUGGUCAUUCUAUUGGUCGGAGCAGGACGAGGAGGCUUGGUUGAGAGUAUAAUGAAGGCGCUACGGAAGACUGACAUCGUAUCUGAUAGUAUUGUUGUAGCUGUUGAGAAGAAUCCUUUUGCAUUUCGAUCUCUGGUCCACAAAAACAAAAAAAUGUAAGUUUUUAUACAUAGCAAUUAAUAGUUUUAGGUGGGACUACUUCAUCAAACUUGUCAACGCGGAUCUCCGGGAGCAUAAGCUCAUCAAAAAGGCCUUGGAUGGCCACGUUCCGUACCUUGUAAUCUCCGAAUUACUGGGUUCUUUUGCCUGUAACGAACUCAGUCCAGAUCUCUUGACCACCUUGGAGCCUUUGAUUGAUAACAAAACUGUGUUCCUACCUCAAUAUUAUACAAAUUUCAUUUCUCCAUGCUUCAGUUUUCGAUUGAAUAACAUUAUACAAGGCGGACGUCCCGAUUUUUAUCAAAGAUUGUCCAACUUCUGUGGUCGUGAUGGUAUCCGAGCGAUCGAUUCAAACAAUUACAGCAAUCUCGACCAACUUUACGUCUCAACACUGAACAGCGCUUACAUUAUUGAUGCUCCUCAACCUGUCUGCACCUAUAAGCAUCAUGCAAAGGCAUCAAAUUUGAUGCAAUGGAGAAGCCAGACUCACUUUAAGAUCAGUGUGGACUGCCAGGUAAUUACAGUACCAUUAGUAAGUGUAAUUUAACAAUUUUGAUUUUAGAUAAAUGGAUUAGCUGGAUUUUUUGAGGCCAAGUUGAAGUCCAAUACCAUAUCAACAGUGCCCAAGGACAUUAACCAGUUCACUGAUAUCAAAAAAUCCUGGUUUCCCGCCUAUUUUCCAUUAAGCUACCCACUGGAUUGUCCGAAAGGAUCAACGGUUGAUGUUUUGAUCGAACGCAAAGUGAAUGACCAAGGAAUGUGGUACGAAUGGUGUGUGGUGGUGAGGCGCGGUAGGCUUGUCAUGGGAACUGAUGUGCAAAACAAGGGUGGAGAAUCUUAUUUUGUGAGGUUCCAUGAGCACAAUAGUGAUAACGAUGAUUCUCAACUUCUCAGUUAUGUCGGACGGGGAUAUCUUGUAAAGGAAAAUAUUGCUAAAUAAAGUCUAAUUCUAAGCUCUCUUUCUAUUUUUUGGCGUCGAUUCGCAUGUUUAUUGUUGGAAAGUAAAGAUUAAUGUGUCAGAAUGUCUUUAUUUCCAGCUGAACGAACCGAAAUUCUUAGAGGAGAGCGGAAAGAUGAAGAAUAUAUUCAGGAAUUGUAUAUACGAAUAUCGGACACUGUCAAGAGAUUAUGUGGGGAUCAGGUGUGGAUCAGAUCCUACAAGUGGCUGAUGCCCAUCACUAAAGCCUUGUAUUACUCAUCCACCUCCAUAAAAGGAGUUCAGACCUUGGGGGAAGAAUACAUGGGACUCAUUCCAGUUGGAUCUCAGAGCAAUGUAACCGAAACAAAUAUCAUCCAGAGAGUAGCAUUCGUUGUGGGAGAGGCGCUGGGACCUGUUUUUAUAGACAAGAAAUUGGAGAAGUUCAGAGACAUGGACGAAGAAUAUUAUCGACAACGGAGUACAUCUGGGAAGAUUCCCUUUGGCCGAGUUGUUCUCUCGACACUCAUCAAAAUAUUAUCCUUUGCAUCGAUCCAACGGUUACAUUGGGCCGUAUUUUACUUAUUCGGAAGUAACUUUUACAGUAUUUGGAAGAGGGUUUCGCAGAUCCAUUUCAUGACUUUAAACGCCGAGACCAAUUCCAAGGUGAGUUGAUGACAAUAAUUAAAACUCGGCUCUAGAUGCACAUAAUUUUCAAAAUAAUUGGAGGAACAGCUUUAUUGGCAUUUUCUUUGAAUGUGGCCUUCUCCGUCAGAAGAGAGAUUCUGAAACGGCAACGGACGCGGUCAGAUUCCGAAGAUCUAAACCUCCCACCUAAAGUAAGAUUUCAAAAUUUAUUUUUUAAGCCCAUGAAAUUAAUCUUCUGUUCAGGAUGGUGCUUUUUUCUGUGAUAUUUGUCUCGAGAAUGGGGAACCAGUAAGUACCCCCUGCGGGCAUGUGUUCUGCUUCGACUGCAUCGUCUUCCAUUCCGAAAAUUCUGAUCUCGACGCCAACAAGGGACAGUGUCCUCAAUGUAGAUUCCAAUUCUAUCUUCGCUCUGUGAUACCGUUAAUAAACUACUGA